AUGAAGGAUGGGAAGGUGGAGGAGAGUGUGGAUGCAAAGGAUAAAACUAAGGAAAUGGAGUUAAAGGAUGGGAAGGUGGAGGAUAGUGUGGAUGUAAAGGUGGAGGAGAGUGUGGAUGCUGUGAAGGUGGAGGAGAGUGUGGAUGUAAAGGUGGAGGAGAGUGUGGUAAAGGUGGAGGAGAGUGUGGAUGCUGUGAAGGUGGAUUGUGGGGAGAAUGAGAAAAAUGUGAAGGUGUAUUGUGGGGAGAUUGAGAAUGAUGUGAAGGUGGAUGGUGGGGAGAUUGAGAAAAAUGUGAAGGUGUAUGGUGGGGAGAUUGAGAAUGAUGUGAAGGUGGAUGGUGGGGAGAUGUUGCUCUCCGAUAUGAUGCAAGAAAUAAUUGAGAAAAAGAAGGAUAAGGUCAAGGUAAAGGUUGAGAAGGUUGAGAAGGAUGCGAAGGAUGGGAAUGAUAAAGUCAAGGUCAAGGUUGAGAAGGAUUCGAAUGAUGGGAAGGAUAAGGUCAAGGUUGAGAAGGAUGGGAAGGUUGAGAAGGAUAAGGUCAAGGAUGCGAAGGAUGGGAACGAUGAUGAUGAUUUCCAAUUAUACAACACUCCACCUAAAAGAGGAGUUCCAAAAAAAAAGAAGAAUUGGUUGAAAGAUGAAGCCACCAAUGAUCAGAAAAAGACUGUGUAUACUUGCGAAGCACCAAAGAAGUUGUUUGUUAGAGUUCUAACAAAGUGCACAAGGCUUAAAGAUCCUGAAGUCGACGCAUUCCGCCACUUGUUGCGAAAAAGGAUUGCGCAAUAUCCCAAGACAUAUAAACAUUCUAAAGUAUCAAUAGGGGAUUUCUUAUUAGGAGAUAAGCUGAGGCGAGAACACCCGACGUUUAAAAAAGAUCUUGAAAAUUAUCCAAUAGUAGAUGAAUUUGAUCAGUACUUCCUAGGUGUGGACCAUAGACAUAUGCCAGAAUGCGCAUCAGUCGACGAUAUUUAUGUGCCUUUGAACAUUGGCAACAAGCAUUGGGUAUUGUGCGUCGUUCGUCUACAAGAUAAUCACAUUGACGUUUAUGACUGCGACUCGAGUAUUUAUAGGAAUCUCGAUCCAUACUUGAGACCUUUGUGUGAGAUGAUUCCACGAUUAUUUGCAAUGGGAGCCACUGAUGCUGAGCUACAAAGGUUUCCUAAUUUCAAUUUCCAGAAACUGACAUAUAAAAGGUUGCCACACCCAGCCAAAAAUGCAGUCGCUAAAGUAGGGGAAGUCCCUAGAGCAGCAUAG